AUGGGCAAUAAGGUGAGCAUCAGCAAGGACGAGCUCGAGUCGAUUCAGUCCGAGUCUCAGCUCUCUGUCGAGGCCAUCAAGGACCUCUCCAAAGAGUUCAACAAGGUGUGCGACCGCAAGGGACAGGUGACGAAGGAGAACUUCAAGGCCAUCCUGCGGCAGGCCUACGGUUCGGACAACUCCACCAUGGCGGCCUCCAUCUUCAAGAUGUUCGACACCGACGGCAGCGGAUCGAUCGAUUUCCGAGAGUUUGUGAUGGCGUUGAGCUUCAUGCACUCGGAUCGCGUGGAGGACGUGGUCGAGCUCUGCUUCCGCUGUCUCGAUCUGAACGGCGACGGCGAGAUCUCAAAGGGUUCGUGGCAGGCCGCCCACCGCGUCUGCCGCUGCUGCUCAGUGCUGCGCAAGUUCCAGAAGUACACCAACCUGAGCCGCUCGGACUCAAGCCAAGCCCUGUCCCUGGACAAGGUGUCGCUGGUUUACAGUGAUGUGGGCAAGCUGAACAACGAGUCGGACGCGAUAUUUGCGCGAAUCGACGUGAACGGCGACGGAGGCAUCACGCGCGACGAGUUCAUGGCCGCCAUGUCGGCCGACCCCGAGCUUCGGGCCAAGAUGCAGGGGCUGCUCAUGAAGUCGCAGGUCAACACCAUCUUCAAGGGCAGCACCAGCAAGGUGGCCCACUGA